GAGCCCGCCGAGCCGCGGGCUCUGCCCCGGUCUGUGUCCCGGUCCCGGGGCUGCGCUGCGGCCGCUGCUGCGGGGAAUCCUUAACGGGAGCGGGGCAGCGCCCGGGGGGCUCCCGCACCGCUGCGCUGCCGCCCUGGGACCCCCCGGGCACCGGGACACCCCAGACACCCCCGGGACACCCCCAGACACCCCCGGGACACCCCCAGACACCCCCGGGACACCCGUCCCGGCAUCCAGCCGGACCCGGCGCGUCCCCGGGACAUCUCUGGACCCCGGGCCACCCCGGUCAUCCCCGGACUUCAUCGCGCCGGGAUCGCCCCGCAGCAUCCCCGGGACUCCCCCGGUGCCUCGUCCCGCCCCCGGGGCCGGACUACAUCUCCCGGCGGGCCCCGGGCCCUCCCGCGCUCCGCUCCCGCCAUGGCGCCCUUCGAGCCCGCGGCGCUGCCCGAGCUGCUCCCGGUGUUCUACCGGCGGCUCUUCCCGCACGGCCCCUACGGCCGCUGGCUCGGCUACGGCGGCGUGGUGAAGAACUACUUCCAGCUGCGGGAAUUCUCCUUCACGCUGCGGGACGACGUGUACGUGCGGUUCCAGUCCUUCAGCAGCCCCCAGGAGCUGGAGCGGGAGCUGCAGAAGAUCAACCCCUACAAGAUCGACAUCGGGGCCGUCUACUCCGUCCGGCCCAGCCAGCACAACACGGUGCGCUUGGGGACCUUCCAGCCGCAGGAGAAGGAGCUGGUCUUCGACAUCGACAUGACAGACUAUGACGACGUGCGGACGUGCUGCAGCUCAGCCGAUAUCUGCUCCAAGUGCUGGACGCUGAUGACCAUCGCCGUCCGCGUCAUCGACCGCGCGCUCACGGAGGACCUGGGCGUGAGGCAUCGCCUGUGGGUGUACUCGGGCCGGAGGGGUGUCCACUGCUGGGUGUGCGACGACGCGGUGAGGAAAUGGUCCCCAGCGCUGCGGGCGGCCACCGUGGAGUACCUGACCCUGGUGAAAGGCGGAGCAGAGACGGUGAAGAAGGUGAACCUCUCCUACCCCGUGCACCCCUUCAUCAGGCGCUCGGUGGCCGUGGUGGAGGAGUACUUCGAGGAGUACGCGCUGGCGGGGCAGGACAUCCUGGGCAGCCCCGAGCGGUGGGACAAGGUGCUGGCCCUGGUGCCGGAGGAGCACCGCGAGGCGCUGCGGGCCGAGUUCCCGCGCAAGAAGGACUCGGCGCAGCGCUGGGAGCUGCUGCGGGGCUGCAUGGAGCGCACGCGGGGCCGCGGCGCCGCGCCCUGCUACGCCGACUGGGAGAUCAUGCUGCAGUUCUGCUUCCCCCGCCUCGACAUCAACGUCAGCAAGGGCCUGGGACACCUGCUCAAGAGCCCCUUCAGCGUCCACCCCAGGACGGGCCGCGUUUCGGUGCCGCUGGACCUGCAGACGCUGGACCAGUUUGACCCGUUCGCCGUCCCCACCAUCACGUCCCUGUGCCACGAGCUGGACACGGCUGGCAGCGAUGGGGAGCAGGAGGACGGCGGGGAGACGGAGCCCAAGCGGCGGGCGAGGGACUACAAGAGGACGAGCCUGGCUCCCUACGUGAGGGUCUUCGAGCAGUUCGUGGAGGGCAUGGAGAGCGCCCGGCGGGGGGAGCGGCUGCGCCGGAGCGACCUUCAAGGAGACUUCUGAGGCCUUGCUGCCAGGGGUCCUGGAUGCAGGGAUGGCGAGGGACCGAUGGACUUUGUCACCUCUGUGCUUGUCAUUGUCACCUCCGCUACCCAUGGGGGUCCUGGUGCCUUGGAGCAGCCGACCUGCACCCGCUCCCUGUUUCUCACUCACAGCCCCUUCCACUUUUUGUACUCUUUUGUACCUUUUCUACAAAAAAACCAUUAAACCUUUCUGGUCACCCUU